UGGAGUAGCCUACGUGUAACUGCCGAACAAAUCUCUUAUAGCGUCUACACAACCAGGCAUCAAAAUAAAAAAAAUAAACUGUUUGUUUGAAGGCUUGAUUCUUUAGAAUGUGAGUAUGAUAUAGUUUCGUUGCAAAUAAGCUAACAACAAGAAUCUACCAACAAGAAUUCAUAUUUUGUUUGUGCAUAGUAGUCUUUGUCAGGUGUAAACAUUGUAAACAUAAACAUAAAGGAAUGAUAAAACCCAGAUUUCCUCAUCCAUAAAAAAUGCCAAAAAAAUGAACAAAUGCAACCACUAAAACACCCGAUUAAUUUCAAUUUAUUCAAAUAUGUUCUGAUUACACUACAAAAAAAAAUAUUGCAUCCGCUGGCUAGACGGUCACCAGGAAGGGUACUCGUACCUUUUAUCGGAGAGUUCCUUUUUUAAGGUUACAGAUGAAGUUGGUACUCAGCAUUAAGCUUAAGCAUAUGCCGUGAAGCAAGCCUUAGCCAUAUAUGAAUUCAAAUAUGAAUCAUCCGUAAGCUCACCAGAUGAAAAAAGAAAAUAGGCAUUCUCGAAUGACAAAGCCACUAAAAAAACUCAGGUUUAAUGUUAGAGUUCGCUUCUUUUUGUUUACCAAAUUUAUAAAAAAGAAAAUUGACGAUAAACAAAGGAAACGCUAGCUAGAAGGUUAAUGACGGCUUUUCUUUGUAUAUUUCACUUUCAUUAUAUAUUAUAUAAUGUUAGGUCUAUUCACAAAAUCGCACUUUAAAAGAAAGAUCAAACAAACACUCACCCGGGCAAUAGAUGGAUGGCUUUUUCAUUUUCAUAGUAUUUUUCUUUUGCAAUUAAGCAAACUUUUGCCAGAAUUGCCUUUUUGUCGGGAUGAACGAAAGCCAAAUCUUUCAACUCUGUAUGCUCGAUCGUGAGAGACUUGAUCUAGCGGCCGCAACUUCACCACAGCACUACCGUGAGGGAAGGGCUACCCAGAUAAAAAAAUGCAUGUCUUACGCUUUAAGGAAAUCUUACUCGGUAUUAAACGAAUGCAAGACUCUUCUUAUUGAGUUUUUAUUUUUAUAAUUCAUUUAUAUCAAGAUUUCUUACAAAAUAUCAAUGUGAGACAAUUCACCACAGGUAACCCACGUGAUCGUUUCGCGCCAAUUUUUGAGCAAUCAAUAACAAAAACAAAAUGGCGGCAGUUUUUAAUCAAACAUUAAGAUGUGCGUUUUGGGUGCCAUUUUUGCUUUUCCUUACUACGAAUAGAAUCGCACUCAACUCUAAGAAAGAACUUAGGAUCAUGGGACGCCUGGUGUCUCCAGGUCGUCAUGAAGUCCAUAAUGUGUGCCAUGCUGCCUUUGCUGCAAAUUUGUUUACUUGUAGGAUUUGUUAUUAUAAUCUAUGCCAUAAUAGGGUUAGAAUUUUUAUGCGGAUCAUUCCACUAUGCCUGCCACGACAAUAGCACAGGAGUCCCAACAUUACCUGAUGAGCCCACCAUAUGUGGAUUAAAAGGGGGUUUUGCAUGUGAAAAUAAUGAAGUUUGUCUGCAAAAGUGGGUGGGACCUAACGAUGGAAUCACUAGCUUUGACAACAUCUUCGCUGGCUGUCUCACUGUCUUCCAAGUCAUCACAAAUGAAGGCUGGACAGAUAUCAUGUAUUGGACAUUCAAUGCCACUGAUACUAAUGGAUAUUACUUCUGGCUGUACUAUUACUCCCUUGUUAUUAUUGGCUCGUUUUUCAUGCUGAACCUUGUUCUUGGUGUCCUCAGUGGAGAGUUUGCAAAAGAAAGAGAAAGAGUAGAAAAUCGGAGGGCGUUUCUUAAAGUCAGACGAACUAAACAAAUGGAGAGACAAUUAAAUGGCUAUAUCGACUGGAUCAGCAAAGCUGAGGACAUCAUGUUGGAUGAAGAAGAAGACGACGAGGGCGAGCGAAAUGUAGAUAUUUUACGAAAAAGAAAUCUAGACAGAGUUGAAGAUGGCGACGUCGCUAUGACCGCGCAAGUCCUGACGGGAAAAGGUGGUCGCAGACACAGACUGAACACUAGCAGAAAACGCACGUGUUGGCAGAGAUUUGUGCGACGGAACAAAAGGUGGAGAAUCCGGGUGCGUCAGAUCGUGAAACACCAGGCUUUCUACUGGGCGGUCAUCAUCUGCGUCAUUCUCAACACUGUUAUCACCGCUUGCCAGCACUACGGCCAGCCGGACUGGUUUACACAGUUCCAAGACACGGCCGAGAUCAUCUUCAUCACGUUUUUCUUCACUGAGAUGCUGUUUAAGUUAUACGGCUUGGGCCCACAGCUGUACUUCAAGUCGCAGUUCAACACCUUUGACUGUGUGGUCGUAUGCUGCGGUAUUAUUGAGCUUGUCAUUAAAAACGUGCAAGGCACCGAACUUGGCAUAUCCGUGCUUCGUGCCCUCAGGAUCCUUAGAUUGUUCAAAUUCACAAGAUAUUGGUCUUCCCUCCGUAACCUUGUCACCUCGCUACUGAGCUCUGUUCGAUCCAUUGUCAGUUUGCUGUUUCUUCUAUUCUUGUUCAUUGUUAUCUUCGCGCUACUUGGAAUGCAGCUAUUUGGAGCUCAAUUCAAAAGUCUCCCUGGAAGAACGGGGAACCCGCGAACGAACUUCGACGACUUCUGGAAUGCUUUCCUUGCCGUUUUCCAGAUCCUUACGGGUGAGGAUUGGAAUGCAGUAAUGUACGAUGGGGUGUUAUCUCAAGGAUGGUUCGACCCCAACAAAUCGGCACAAGCACUUGGGGCAUCCCUCUACUUUGUCAUGCUUGUGGUGCUUGGAAACUAUGUGCUGCUCAAUGUCUUCUUGGCUAUCGCCGUCGACAACUUGGCCAACGCACAGCAGCUCAGCGCUGACGAAGAGGAAGACGAAAAGGAGAGAGAGGAAAGGAAACAACAGAUAAUGGCACAGUUCCAGGACACGAAACCAUCGCCCAAGUCCAGCUCUACAGGACGUAAUGGAAACGCCCGAAGGAUGGACGAUGAUAUGCCUGAUGAAAAUGAGUUUGAAGAAGUGGAGGAAGGCAACAAAAGGCUAACCGCGAGAAACUUCCUGAAGAGUCUAAAGAACCCUGAUAAUAUCAUCGAAAAGCGUAACCCUGGAGAACCCGUACCUAUCAUCAACACGUGGUCGCUGUUCCUCUUCCCGCCUGGCAACCCGGUCCGUAUCGGCUGCCAUUACGUGGUGAACCUGCGCCAUUUUGAUAACGUUAUCCUGGUGAUCAUUCUGAUUAGCAGCGUGUUAUUAGCCGCCGAGGACCCGGUGGUAGAGGACUCUUACCAAAACCAGAUCCUGACGUAUUUUGACUACGUCUUCACGACCAUAUUCGCGUUUGAGGUUAUCUUCAAGUUGAUUGACUAUGGCGCCAUCCUUCAUCCGGGGUCUUACUUCAGAGAUGCAUGGAACUGUAUCGACGCGCUGGUGGUGUCGUGUGCCAUCGCCUCACUUGUGCUUGGAAUGAACAAAGACGCCUCUGCGCAGUCCAAAAAAACCGUCAAGGUUCUUCGUGUCCUUCGUGUGCUUCGACCCUUGAAAGCCAUCAACAAGGCCAAGAAACUCAAGGCUGUGUUCCAGUGCAUGUUGUACUCGCUGCGAAACGUACUCAAUAUCCUGAUCAUCACCGUCCUCUUUCUCAUCAUCUUCUCCGUCAUCGGAGUCCAAUUGUUCCAGGGAAAAUUCUUUUCAUGUAAUGACAGAUCCAAGAUGACUGAAGCGGAGUGCAAGGGCCAUUACUUCGUCUACUCUGACUACAGCGACUUGAGCAAAGUUGAGGUUGUACAACGGGAAUGGGCAUUGGCCGAUUAUAACUUCAACACAGUUUACUACGCAAUGCUGGCUCUGUUUACCUCAUCUACCGGCGAAGGAUGGCCCGCUCUUAUGCAGGCAUCGAUUGACACGACCAAGGUGGACCAAGGACCAGUUGUCGAUAACAAGAUCGAGAUCUUCCUCUUCUACAUCUUUUUUGUCAUCGUAUUCUCUUUCUUCUUCUUGAACAUCUUCGUGGCUCUGAUUAUCCUGACGUUCCAGGAGCAAGGAGAGAAAGAGCAAGGGGAUUGUGAACUCGAUAGGAAUCAGCGUGACUGCUUGCACUUUGCCAUGGUCGCCAAGCCAUCAGAGAGAUUCAUGCCCGAAAACCCCAACACCAUUCAGUACCGCGUGUGGAAGAUCGUGGAUUCGAGACCCUUCGAGUACUUCAUCAUGACUCUCAUUGCGCUGAACACGCUUAUUCUUAUGAUGAAGUUUUACCAAGAACCAACGCUUUACCGCUACUACCUGGAUCUGUUCAACUCCAUCUUUACCUUCAUGUUCACGGCCGAGGCUUUGCUCAAGCUUAUUGCUUUUAGAACGAACUACUUCCGUGAUAACUGGAACGUGUUUGAUUUUGUCGUCGUGCUCGGGAGUUUGUUGGACUUCGUACUCGAUAAAGCUUUGGAAGGUAACGAGAUGCCUUUCGAUCCGAGUCUGUUCCGAUUGUUCCGUGCUGCUCGUCUCAUCAAGCUCCUCCGACAGGGCUACACCAUCAGGAUCUUGUUAUGGACAUUUCUGCAGUCAUUCAAGGCAUUACCGUACGUUGGCAUGUUGAUCGGUUUGCUCUUCUUCAUCUACGCUGUCAUUGGAAUGCAGUUAUUUGGUCAAAUCGGUAAGAAUAACGACAGCAAGGGCGAACCGUGGACUGCGAUCAGCGGAGAUAACCACUUCCAGUCCUUCUUCCCGGCUAUUCAAGUGCUUUUCAGGUCUGCCACAGGUGAAAACUGGCACGUGAUCAUGUUGGCAUGUACAUCCGGGGCUGCAUGUGAAGUACGCGCCAACAAGCCCGCGGACGAGACCUGCGGGAGUAACGUUGCUUACGUGUACUUCGUCUCCUUCAUCUUCUUUUGCUCCUUCUUGCUGCUGAACUUGUUCGUCGCCGUCAUCAUGGACAACUUCGAGUACCUCACCCGAGACGAGUCCAUCCUUGGCCCACAUCACCUGGACGAAUUUGUCCGAGUGUGGUCCGAAUAUGAUCCGGGCGCAACGGGCCGGAUUAAACACACCGAGGUCUGCCAACUACUCCGGCAAAUGUCACCGCCUGUUGGUAUAGGAAAGAAAUGCCCAAAGAUAGUCGCUUAUAAGCGUUUGAUUAAGAUGAACAUGCCUUUGUACAAUGACAAUACGGUCAGCUUCACGGCCACGCUGUUCUCUCUCGUACGGACCUCCCUCAAGAUCAUGACCGAGAAAAAUAACCUUCGCGAGAAUGACAAGGAACUUCGUGCGAUGCUCAAAAGAGUGUGGCCGAAACUUACCAAGAAGACGCUGGACAAAGUCGUGCCUAAGCCUCCAAGUCUAAUCAACAAUGGUAAGAAGGCGAACAAAGACAAUAGUCAACAACAAAUGACGGUUGGUAAGAUUUACUGCGCAAAACUCAUCUACGAAAACUAUCGAUUUGUGAAGAGGAAAGGAACAGGAGGAAACCAAAAGCUCAUGCACAUGCAGGACAUCCCAUCAAUGUACACAGACGGAUCAGACCUGUACAGAAGUCCGUCACAAGUGAUCUAUCAACAAAACCAACAGACACCCGAGCCGCGCCAGCGAUUCAACUCCCAGCCCAUCCCAUCAACAAGGCAAUCGACCACGUCACUAAACGACGGCCGGGGGCCUGGGGUGACUACCGCUGUAGUCUCCACCCCAGGCUCCCGGGGCAUGCCUCGGCGUCAGUUGCCACAGCAGCCCACAUAUGGACAAUCUCGAAAUGGCUCGCAAAUAUCUUUGUCCGGGAAAUCGCCAUAUGUGGAGAAUCGCGGGGAUCCUGUGUUAGAAAACGGUUACCAGUCUAGUAUGAAUCAGCAUAUAGCAAUGGCAAUACGGAGCGGCCAAAGUCCUUACGCGAUAUGGGGACUCGAGGAGACUGGGGACGACGAUGACUGGUGCUAACGGAAAGUAGUGUGCUGAAUGCACAGGUUUGGUUGACACUUCGCUAUGGCCGUGGUCUAACACGUGCUCAUGACGACUCCAAGUCUAUCGGUUACAUUAGCGGCUCAUUUUAGAUAGCCGGACGAAACAUUAAAACACUUGCACCUUUGUACAGGCUCGAAAGUGUCAGCGGUUGACCGUUUGGCACGUGGAGCUCAGAAUACAAUGGGAGCAGAAAUCGCACAAAUCACACGUGACAUCUGGCAAGAGUCUAUGUGGGCAGGUAGAAUGGGUGGGUUACCCACGAUACAGUGCAGUGGUCGAUGUCCAGCCAUGCCGAACCGGCACUUUUGCGACCAUGUGGGACAACGUUCGAUGACUUACUUGAAAGGCUGAACACGGCAGUUCUCUUCGUCGACAUGGUUCUGUUUUUCGGUAGUAUUGAGGGUAAAUAACGCGUGUAGCUGGCGUACUAUCCAGUUCUACAAGUUACUAAAAACAUCUUAGAAUAACCAGUUUGUAGUAAUUUGAUUGAAAUUUCUAAAAUCUUAUGAGUGAAAUGAUGCUAUUUUGAGCCAGGUCAGUUGGCCAAUUGAGAUUGUCAAAAUGAGAUUGCUCUGGUUCAAAUUAGCAGCAUUUUUCUGUAGUGUUUGUCGAUCUUUUACUCGGCAUUUUUAGCUCUUUUUAAAGCAUUAAAAUGCUCCUAUUAACGUAGGCCGUCUUUUCAAAUAGGUGAAAGGUUUUAAAUAUAGGUGGAAGGGGUUUUAGUCGAUGCAGGAACCACAAACAUAUUCGUUACUUUACAAAAACGAAGGGUCAACGUAACAAAUCAUGGUCGAUGAACUUACGAAGCAUUGCCGCUUAUCUUCCAAAUCAUGAUCAAGUACCCUACGAAAGGGCCUAAAAUGCCCGAAAAUAACAUAAGCGACUCUUUCAUAUAAAAAUGAAAUCGAGAUCCAAGAAAAGACAGUUCAGUUCGAAAGGCAUUCAGGCUGAAUUUCAAUUUGAGAGAAAAAAUUCAACAGAAAUCAAUUCUAAUUAGCGAAUUCGACUUGUUGUCAGAAUGAAUUAACGCUUGUCCAUUGUCCAUAGGACGUCACUUCCUUUUUGUGGUGACGUCUUAGCGUGUGACGCCAUAGUUUAUUCUGUAUCAAAAACAGCCCCCCUAUACUACUUCAGAUGGGGGAGUUUCAUUCGCGAAAAAAAAACAGGCUGGCCACGCUCAAAAGGAAAGACUUGAAAUUUAUAGUAUUUUGUAUCCGUAUAACGAAUUGUCAUUUCACUUGAAACUCAAUUAUAGGCAAUUAAAAGUUGCAUUUAUAAUCAGGUAAAAUACGUCUUCUAAAUUAUUAUCAAAAUCAUAAAAGCGUGCUAAGCCUGAAAUUAGACACUGGAUUAAAUAGAAACAUUUAUAAUUUUAAAAGAGAAAGAGUAGGUGUAAGUUAUGUAAAGAGAGGAUAUGAAUUUUGCGACAAUUCAAGUAUAUAAAGUUCAGAGAGAAAUCUUUUUUGUUCCAAUUCAAUAUCCCCGUCUAUUUUGCGUUUUAUACAUUAGAAUUUGAAUGAUACAAUUUAUAUAUUAUAUUUAAAGUGCAAUAUUACUCUGCUUCUUUUACCUUUUUUUCGGAUAUUUUAUUUAGAGAAGAAAACGCCCGAAACGAUGCGUGACAUUUUAUUAUUUCGAUAUUUUUUUCCGCAGACAUAUAGAUGCACAAAUUUGUAAUGUUAAAAACUUAACCCAGUCGCUAGUGCUAGAGACAGCUAUAGUUUACUUGAUAUAAAACGUACCGUGUAGAAAAAAGCAAUAUAUUUAUAAAUUCUUAUUUAUCGUGAUGCUCUCAGAAUAAUGCACCGAAAUGAACUAAGAUACGCACUGUAAAUAUGAUACUAUUGUUGAUUAGCUCAACCGCAGAAUUGCUCGUUAAAAAUUUAGUUCGUUUUCACAGAAAAAUAAAAUUACUAGUUGAAAUAAAAA